AGACUAAUGCAUUCUCUUUUUAACUGUGAUUUCAUAAAUUUAAAGCAAAACUUUUGGCAGUUAAAAUUAUUUUAAAAAUCGUAAUGGUGAACCGGGCUUAAUUAAGAAAAAAUAGUCGAGUUGUUGACAAACACGGCUUUCUGAUCAGGAACCAAGUAUUUAAUGCACACAUUUAGCCAAGAUGGCUGAUAAGUUAGGGCUUGGACCUGAAAUUAAACAACUUCGUCUGGGUAACAGUUUCACCAAUCCAAGGGGAUCAGCAUUUCAUACCUUUCGAUAUGAUUUUAAACCAGCUAGUGUGGAUACUAGCAAAAUGGCAACUGUUGACAUAUUACCAAACAAUGAAGUAAAUGUGACAGUUCCUCACUGUGAUGGUGCAGGAACCGCACAGACUUCUGUGUUUAGAGGUCCCAAAAAGCCAUAUGCAAAAGAAUGUGUACUUAUAAUUGACCACAAUACAGGUGAAAUAACAUUGGAAAGACUGUCCCAUAAUAUUCAACUUAAAAAAACAAGGGCUGAGGGUACUGGAAAAGCUGGAAGAUCCUCAUCUCCAGUAGACCCAACACCACCACAGCAAUCACAAUAUUAUCCUCAGUCAAAGAAAUCAUCUCCAUUACAGAAAUCACCAACAUCAUCAUUUUCACCUCCUACUCCUUCUCCACCUUACAAUCCAACUCAAAAAAAUUCUCCCAAGCAUUCUUCUGGAUUUCCUAUGAAGAAAACCAGCUCAUCACCACACCAACUUCUAACAAAUUCUAAUGGAAUACCAGCUCCUGGCAGCAUGCCUUUAUUAGAUGACUUAGAUAAUCUGUCUGGACAUAUUAUGUCUGGACAUCAGGAGGUUGCAGCGACCGUUGGAGUGUUGUCAGACAGUUCUAGUGAAAGUGGAAGUGAUUCAAGUUCGGAUUCUAGUGAAUCAGAUUCGGAUUCUGAUUUGGACGAUACUCAUAUCCCUAAUGAGCGUAAUAACAUUGGAAAUCCAACUACAGCAAAGGAAUCGUUGCCCUUACCGAAUCCUUCCCUUGCGCAUCUAUCCAUGCCUUCUCAUUUACUUAGUGAAGACUUGAGGUUGUCUGAUUCUGGAUCAGAGAGUGACUGAAGUAAAUUCAAUCCAGUUUUGACUGAGGCGAAAGAUUGUCAUCGUGGUUUGUUGCAACAAGAUUCCAACACCAUCCCGCUUGCUGAUCGUUACAGAGCUCAUGGUGAAGCUAUAAAGCCAGAGGCAAUCACCAUCAAUUUCCUUUUUCUUGAAUAUGGAUUAUUCUUUAAGUGGAAUUGUUAAUCCUUUGUGCCUUUCAAAUCGGCGAUGACCUGCACAUUUCACUCACUCGUUAUCGAUGGCUUAUCUGCUGUUGUUUGUGUUGUCUUUUAUGUAAUUGCGCUAUUUCUAACUUUCAAGUGUGGUUUACCUCGGGAUGUGGUUUAAAUACAUGAGUGGAUUACAAAUCGAAUUCACUAUUAGAAUAUUUCA